ACCAUGUCAGCACAUUUAUCGCACCAGUAUUGAGGCAUUCAUGGAUCAAAAUGAGACAGGAGAUUUAUGAAGAGUUGAAAAAAGAAGAAGAUCUAGUAUUUUCUGGCGAUGCUAGGUUCGAUUCUCCUGGGUUUAGUGCCAAAUAUUCCCUUUACUCCAUCAUGUCAAACAAAGACAGCAAAAUUGUUGACUUUGUCCUUUUUCAAAAAGGGUUCGAAGAUGGUGAGAUGGAGUCCAAAUCUUUCAACCACACGUUCAAGAGAGUUGUAGAAGAAAUUGGGUCCAAGAAAAUCAAGACAUUUUGCUCUGACAGAAAUAGGUCUGUAGCAAAACUGAUGAGGGAGCAGUUCAAAGGGAUUGAACAUUCUUUCGAUGUCUGGCACUUGGCGAAGUCUCUUAGGAAGAGUUUAAGUAAAACUGCAAAAACCCAUAAAUGUUUGGAGCCAUGGCUUGAUUCCAUCAUUAAGCACCUUUGGUACUGCAGUAGUACCUGUGGGGGAAGCGCUGAUGUGCUGCUGGAGAAGUGGGACUCACUCAAUCAUCAUCUCCGAGGAGAACAUGAAUGGCAAAAAGAGGGGAAAGCAUUGUCUUGUGAGCACCCAAAUUACGAUCAUGAACGCCAGCAAAACACGGAUUGGGUCACUGAUGAUGACGCGCUUUUGGCUCUAAGAAAAGUAACACACAAACCAUCAUUUUUGCGAGACCUGACACACUGCAGGUUCUACGUUCACACUGGACAACUUGAGUCCUUCCACAACGAAAUUUUGGUCUAUGCCCCUAAGAGACUCCAUUAUAUGUUCGAAAACAUGCAACUGAGAAUGAUACUUGCCAUCCUGGAUCACAACAAUAACGUUGGAAGGGCAGUAACUGGGAGUCACACAAGAUAUUCUAAAUCACGAAAAGCCUUUUCCCUGGAAAAUACCUAUGAAACAAAAGAUCAUACCUGGAGGUAUGACCUAAUUCAUGACAUCCUUCAGUAUGCAGGACACCCCGAUGAAUUCCUAGGAAGUGAGGAAGAGCAACUAAAACUCCUUUCACCCCCAUACAGCAUUCCAAAAUCGACUGUAAGUGUUCCAAAACCAGGGCUAGAGGAACUACAGAGUAAUCAAAAUCUAAGAAGAUUGGCUGCUGAGAGACAGCUUGCAAUGAAUCUAUAG